AUUAAUUCUUAGUCAAGUAUUCGUCUUUGAAUCGCAAUCAUGUUGCCGAUUUUCUUAAUUAUCAGCCUGUGCUCUAUGCAGGUUUUUGCAAAGUUCUCUUGUGAUUUCGACAACUUCCAUGGAGUUCCUGCCCAACCUGAGGACACAAUCCCGUACAAACUAAGUGCUUCAAGCUACGAGUAUGGUCCUGGAACCACCACUACGAUUUCAAUUAGUGGAGAUGAAGAUGCUAUCCGUGGAUUCUACGUUCGGGCAUUCGAUGAGCAAACUAACGAUCCGAUUGGGUCUUGGCAACAAGGACUCCAAGGAAACCCAAUGCAGCAGUGCAAUGCAAUUAUGCAAGCAGAUCGUGAAGAUAAAAAAUCCGUUGAGCUCAAAUGGAACUCUCCCAUCGAAGGGAAUGGAAAAGUGAAAUUCCGGGUUAUGGUGAUGAAGGAUUACUCGACUUACUGGUGGAAGAAUCUAAAAGCAUAAAUCCGUUGGAGAGAUGAAAGCAAGAAAAAUUAAUAGGGGAAAGUGAGGCAUCUUCAAAAGUGGGGCAUCUUUGAAAUUGGGAUUUUCAUCUAUUUUUAAAUACAAUUUAGCCUUAUCAUUAUAUAAUUUAGCUGGAAAAAAGGAUUAAGAAGCUAAAUUAUAUUGGCCAAAUUCUGCUUAAACAUAGGAGAAAAAUCCCAAUUUCAAAGCUGCCCCACAUUCAAUGGUGCCUCACUUUUCCCUGGCAAACAGCCUAAGCUGAAUUUUAAGACUUUCAAUGUGGUCUUACCUCCUUAGUAGACGGAAUGUAAAAAUUUUCUUAACCACAUUUUAAAAUAAAUGCUGUUCGCAAUAGAA